UCGUAGGGCCGUCGUAGCUCAAGUAUCUGGAUGUCGGCAGGCUGACGACGAGAAAAUGAAUCAGACGAAUCUCCCUGUUUCGGAGAUCAUCAAGAGCAAGGAGGUCGACGAGCCCAAGAAGCAGUCACGAGAGGACUGGAGGAAAGCAAAGGAGCUCGAAGAGGCCAGGAAAGCUGGCACAGCACCAGCCGCUGUCGAUGAGGAGGGAAAGGACAUCAACCCGCAUAUUCCUCAGUACAUAUCUUCGGCACCAUGGUACUUUGGGGCAAAAGGACCCACUUUGAAGCACCAGCGCCCGCAGCCUGAGAAACAGAAGCAGUUCAGUCGAAUCAGCGACUACUAUUCUCGAGGAGAAUUUGAUUCUAGAGCAACCAAGUACAGAAAAGGUGCCUGCGAAAACUGCGGUGCCCUGACCCACAAGCGAAAGGAUUGCUUAGAGAGACCUCGAAAAGUUGGGGCUCGAUUUACAAAUGAUGACAUUGCGCCUGAUGAAAAAGACCUGCCGAAUUUGAAUUUGGACUAUGACGGAAAGCGGGACAGAUGGAAUGGCUUUGACCCUGCCUGCUAUCAGGCUGUCAUAGAAGAAUACAGGAAGGUAGAAGAGGCAAAGCGGCAACUGAAGGAAGACAAGCUGAAGCAUGAUAUCUUGAACCUGGAGGGUGUCAGUACACGUGAGAGAGAUGACAGUGAAGACGAAGCUGAUGGCGACGAGGACAAGUAUGCCGACAAUGCAGACAUGCCUGGCACAAAAGUGGACAGCAAGCAGCGCAUCACCGUGCGGAACCUUCGCAUACGUGAAGAUGUUGCAAAGUACCUGAGGAAUCUGGACCCAAACUCCGCCUAUUAUGACCCCAAGACACGUUCCAUGAGGGACAAUCCAUACAAGAAUUCAAACAAGACCCCAGAAGAGCUGCAUUUUGCUGGUGAUAAUUUUGUUAGGUACUCUGGGGACACUCAGAAGAUUGCAGAAGCUCAAUUGUUUGCCUGGCAGGCCUACGAGAAAGGUGUUGAUGUUCACCUGCAAGCAGAACCCACCAAGGCUGAACUGUUGAACAAAGAGUUCCUUUCAAAGGAAGAAGAGUUCCGUCACUCCAUGAAGGACAGCAUCCUAGAAAAGUACGGUGGAGCAGAGCACUUGCAGGUGCCUCCUAAGGAGCUGAUAUUCGCCCAGACGGAGGAUUAUGUGGAAUAUUCAAGACAUGGUGAAGUGGUUCGUGGAGCAGAGAAGCCUGUCAUUCGGUCCAAGUAUGAGGAACACGUUCUUAUUAACAAUCAUACGUCUGUCUGGGGAUCCUACUGGAAGGACUUUCAGUGGGGCUACAAGUGCUGUCACUCCUUAAUAAAGAAUUCGUACUGCACUGGUGCCAGUGGCAAGGAAGUACAGGCGAUGGCUGGUGGUGCAAUGCUUUUGCCAGCCAAAAUAAUGGGAGCUCCUGCUGUCAGCACUGAUGCUGGCCCCAGUGAGAAUGUGGAUGGUAAGGUUGAGGAGAAGGACGACCAAAAGGUUGAUGAGAUGGUCAACGAGAAGGUCAAGACACCAGAGGAGGAAGAAAGCAGACAGCCUUCAUCAGAAGAGCAGUGGAACGAACCACCGCCUGUUGCCCCACUUACUGUCACCAAGUCUCCAGAAAAGGCGAAGACAAAGAAAAAGAAGAAGAAAUCCAAGAAAGCCAAGAAACAAAAACGAGUGAAAAGCAGCAGCAGCAGCAGCUCAGACAGUGAGGACUCUGAUGCCAAGGCAGAGAGAGAAAGGAAAGAGAAGAUUAAGAAGGCCAUGGAGCAAAUUGAUAAAGACAGAACUCAAGAGACUGAUGAGCGAAAACGCAAGUACAACAGCAUGUAUGAUGUGAAAGCACCGACUGAAGAAGAAAUGGAGGCCUACUUCAUGAAACGCAAGAGGGAUGAUGACCCAAUGGCAUCAUUUAUGUCGUGAUCAUUUUCUUGCUUUUGUGUCGUCUUGUAACUGUACAUAUUAUUACAUCUAUUAUGCAGUGUGCAUAAGUGUUACAUUUGUCAAUAUGUGGCAUUCAUUUUAUAGUGUCCGAGUCACUGGUCGAUUGGAAAAGAAAAAAGUGUAUGCCGUUUGACUAUGUAAAUGCGUUUUUUUUUUUACCAGAGUAUGGUGUGAGCAUAAAUUGGCUAAGGCGAAAAAUUGUCUGAAUUUUAGCAGAACAUGAGACGCUGUACUAUACAUACAUGCUGUUAAAAUGCUAUGAUUUUUUUAUAACCUGAAAGUGUAUUUCCUUGGCAUUUGUUAAACACAAAGGAUGUGAUCACAUGACAAAACUGUAAAGUGAAUUAAACAUAAGUUUAAAAACAUUGCUUCCUGUAUUUGGCAUUUGAUAAGUUUAUACCUUUAUGUGUAUGUACAUAGUUGUGCUCCGAGCAGUUUCUAAAUAGCAACAAAGCUCACUUCAUUCAGCUUUGCAUUAUUAUUUGUGUACCAAAUAAGCAGUGCGCAAAUGUUUGGAUAGAUAUAUGUGCUGAAAUAAACACUGACCAAAUGAAACCAGCUUGCAUGCUUUUGAAGCCAGAGUGAAAUCAGUAUAUAAUGAAGUCGGUAAGAUCAGCAAUUUACCUGGUUUUGUUGAAGCUUUGAUUGAAAUUUGACCAUUUUAAGCAAAAUACGGCCACAAAAGCUCCUUUUGGCACGGGAAGUGCCGGGAGAAUGUUUGAACAAUACAUUGGCACAAAAAAAACUAAUUUCAACAACGUGAAAAAAAUAAUUUUCUUUAUCCUGAGAUCUGGUGAACGUUGGCUUGAUGCUGCACCGGCAAAGACCUCUUCACAGUGGUACACUUGUGAACCUGAAAGAAAUGCAGGCGAAACGCACUGUAGUAAGUAAUAUGGAAUAAGCGAAGCUAUCGUGCCUGUUCUUCUGCCGCGGCUUGUCACCAAAACCUCGGGUCUUGUCCGGAGUAGUGCGAUGCCGAUGCUGUCAUGUUCACUGAACCGAACCACUUGCUUUCCACUCGCUUCAAUGAACACGAAACGUCGAUAACCGUCGCAUGCCACAAAACUUAGAGCUGUGGUCCAAAAUUGUACAAAAGUAAGGCAACAACCUGAAUAACUCAACCAUAUUGCCACUGGCCCCUGCAGAAGUUUCAAUUUAUUGCAUCGGUUUUCCUCUGCGGCAGCACUGAAACAUUGUUAUAUCGAAAUCAGAGAUAAACAUGCGCUAUAUUGAGGUUCAAAAUACAUGGUGUUCUAUGGACAUGAAGCUUUCAAAAGUUAAAUACUUCGUUACAUCGAGGUUUAACUAUAUGUUGACAGGCUAUGCACUUCACACUGAUUGUUAUUAUUAUUUUGAAACUGUGAAUAAAGUGUAUGUACAUGUAUGGA